ACGUCCGUGGCCUGCCGCUAGCUGGCAGCUCUGGUCAGCAGCUGUCACUUGCAACAAAAACAACAGGGACAGGAAGAAGAAGAACUUUGACAGCUGCGCCGCAACCGAAAUCGAAGAAAACCAUUUUACGAUGGGCAACGCGCUGACGCACUACAUGAAACCGGACGUUAUGCCCGGACCGGAUGUGGUGACUACCUUUGACCCAAUGUUGGGCUUCGAGUCGCGCAAGGAGCGUGUGAUGAUCGCCACCCAGGAGGAGAUGGAGUCCGCCAAGCUGCCGCUGGAUGCCCGCGACUACUGUGCCCACUUGGCCAUCGCCUACCAGGCCUGCCGCACGGACACCUUCCCGUUUGUGUACAAGUGCGCCCACCAGAAGCACGAGUACCUCACCUGCGAGUACGAGGACUACGUUCUGCGCAUGAAGGAGUUCGAGCGGGAGCGUCGGCUGCUGGAGCGUCAGAAGCGCCUGAACAAGGCCGCCUAGAGGCUUAGCUAGAUCUUCUUCCGAUCCUCCCACACACUACAAUCCCCUAAAGAAACACAAACACCGCCUGCUGUGCGCGACGUGCAGUAGACGAUUCUGGCCGCGGAUCCACUGCCACGCCCCCUGUUGCAAGCUAGUUUCCUGCGGAAAUGUCAAUAAACAACUCUAUGCUAGUAAUAAUGCGGAUCUGAUUAACAUUUUUUUUUAUUAGCAAUUAAACAAUUGAAAAACUGUUCGAAAAACCA